AUGUUGGAUUGUUUCCUCGCCGCACACCUCCUUUGUGCCGCACACCCUCCCUACGGCCUCGACUCCUUCUUCUAUUCAUCUCAUUAUCUCAUUCCUUUUUCUUUUUCUUUUUUUUUUUUUGCCGAGCCAGAUCUAGCGAUACGUUUGCGAGCUCUCCCCAUGCCUCGUCUGCCGCGACAUGGGCGCAUCGCACAUUGUGUCUAUAUAUGUUACUCGUUACCCGCUCCCACCUUGUCCACAAUCAUAAUCCUUCCACCCCGCCAGCGCUUCGUCUACUGUAGGCCCCUACGAAUAGGCCUGACCCCCGUCGCGAUCCUCAUUUGUUCCUGUGGCCGCCGUCCUUCGAGUACAAAAGAGCUGUCGUCGUCCAUAGACAAAGCAUUGUGUGCACAGCACAUAAAUAGCCGUUGUCUCAUCCCCUGCAUCUGCCAAGGACGCAAAAGAGCCCUCAACCCACUCCAGUUUGCAACCCCUUGGGGACUUCGGAGCCUGCCUUGUUGUAAACAGACAGACAUACGCUUUUUCUCCUCCCUCUCCCUUUUUUUUCUCUCCAUCGGCCUCACCCGACCAUUCAACCGGAUUGUCACUCGGCUUCUUUCCCUCUCGACCGACAGCAGAUGCGACGGCCGAGGCCCACCAUCCCAAGUCCCUAGUCGCUUAUGUCCAGCAGCGCCUUUCCAUUACUCGCAAGCCACCGUUAGGUCUUGGCCGUGCCUCUAGACACAGGCAUACCCCAGACGACGUGCCAACUGACUGCACCGCCCACCGACUAA